AUGGCGCUGGCCGCCAGCGCGCUCAUCCAGUGCUGCGCGGGGAGCUCCUACUGCUUCGGGGUCUACUCCGCGGCGCUCAAGGCCUCGCAGCGCUACGACCAGUCCGCGCUCGACGCCGUCGCCUUCUUCAAGGACGUCGGCGCCAACGCCGGGGUCCUCUCGGGUCUCCUCGCCGCGUGGGCGCCGUGGGGGCGGAGGCGCCCCUGGCUCGUCCUCCUCGCCGGCGCCCUACUCUGCGUCGCCGGGUACCUCCCCAUGUGGCUCGCCGUCGCGGGGGUCGCGCCCGCGCCGCUCCCGCUCAUGUGCCUCUACAUGCUGCUCGCCGCGCAGGCGCAGACUUUCUUCAACACCGCAGAUGUUGUCUCCGCCGUCGAGAACUUCCCCGACCGACGAGGAACCGUCAUCGGCAUCAUGAAGGCAGGCCUAAGUGGGGCAAUACUUGUCCAAAUUUACCGCACUCUCCACAUUGAUCCCAGCUCUUUCAUACUGAUGCUGGCAGUUUUGCCCACAGCCGUCACAUUGGUGCUUAUGUAUUUUGUGGAUGUCCACAACCCCAAUGAACGGUACAACAAGAAAUUCCUAGACGCUUUCUCCCUCAUUGCUGUUACUGUUGCCGGAUACUUGAUGAUUCUCAUAAUCUGUGGUCAAAUUUUCUCGAUAAGCUCAGCUGUGCAGAGCAUUUGUUUCGUGGUACUCUUGAUACUAGUGAUGUCUCCGAUAGCCGUCGCUUUAAAGUUCCAGACACCACAUGAGGAAUCAAUCUCAGAACAAAGGACUGGACUGCUCCGUGAAGAGGUCGCAGAGGAUUCUGAAAAUGCUACCUCCAGUACCGCACUUGGGGGACCUGACCAAGACCUGUCUGCUGGCAAAGAGAACCUGAAUGUAUUACAGGCCAUGUGCAAACUCAACUUCUGGUUGCUCUUCCUAGCAAUGGCUUGCGGAAUGGGAUCAGGUCUGGCCACGGUGAACAAUAUCAGCCAGAUCGGCGGAUCACUUGGCUACACGACCAAGGAGACCAGCACACUUGUGUCACUCUGGAGCAUAUGGAACUUUUCAGGGCGGUUCGGUGCAGGCUUCAUAUCUGACCAUUUCCUUCGCCAGCGAGGAAUUGGGAGGCCAUUCUUUAUAGGUGUUACGCUGCUGAUCAUGAGCGCCGGUCAUGCCAUCAUCUCCUCCGGUCUCCCUGCAUCACUCUACAUUGGGUCGGUGCUGAUCGGCAUGUGCUAUGGGUGUCAGUGGGCCCUGAUGCCGAGCAUAACAUCUGAGAUCUUUGGGCUGAACCAUUUUGGCACAAUAUUCAACAUGGUGGCUGUUGCGAGCCCUGUUGGGUCUUACAUCCUCUCGGUGCGCAUUGUGGGCUACAUAUAUGACAUCGAAUCUCCACCAGAUGAGCAGUCCUGUGUAGGUAAGCAAUGCUUUGCGCUCUCUUUCAUGAUCAUGGCCGGUGUCUGUAUGUUUGGGUCUGCUGCUGCGUUUGUGUUGUUUAUCAGAACAAGGAAGUUCUAUAGGCGUGUCAUAUACGCGAGGUUGCAGUCUUUUCUAGACUAG